AUGUACCUCCUGGCGUACUCUGGCUACGCCAGCGGCCUCGUCGUGCAGCCCGCGGCCUCGCCCUGCGCAUGCCCGGCCGGGCGCGCAUGCCCGGCCGCCGCCCGGCAGACCGCGAGGAGGAUGGCGGCUCCGCGGGCGGAUGCCAUCGGCGAUGCAGCGUACUCGCUGAGCGCUCUCGCCGUGGUCGGGCUGGUGGGCCGCAGCGUGUUCGACACCGUCUUCAUCGAGAACGACGCGACGGUGCCAAACAAGCCGAGGAUGUCGCUGCCGAGCCUCUUUGGGCGCGAGGAGCAGGACCCGACGGUGGAGGCUGAGCGGAUCCGGCAGCGCCUGCAGGCAGCCGCUGAGGCGGGCGACCUCGAGGCGGCGUGGCGCCUGGAGAAGGAGCUCAAGCAGUUCCUGUGGGACAACAACGUCGUGUACGAGAUCGACGUCGAGCCAGAGCGGCGCGGUUUGCGGAUUGAGGACAUGGAGAGCGCGGCUGGGAGCGGGGUCAUCCAGAGCGAGAAUCAGGCGGAGCGGGACCAGAUGCUUCGCGAUCUGGAGUAG